UCUUCUCAGAAGAGCGCACAGUGAACGUCAACGUUUUAGUUGUGGAGUUGUGUGUGUUUGUUGGGCUGUGUGUGUUUGUGUAUUUGUGAGGACGCAUGAUGGAGGAGGAAGAACCAGGGACACCACACUUCCAGAGACUCAUAUCAGAUGAGAGCGUGAGCUCGGUUCAGUCGAGUGACUCGUGCGACUAUCAUCACACUGAGAUCUUUGCACAGUUACCCAGCUCACUGGCUCACCGACAACAGCAACACGACCUUCAUCCGGAUGAUGAGCAGCGGAUGCUGGAGAGCAGUGUACCGCCACAAGCUCUGCUGGUGUGUAUGAAGAUCAAGAGACACAUCCACUCCGAGAGAGCUGAGCGAUGGCAACAGAAACACCCUGCUGGCAGCUGGGACUCAUGGAGGAAGAAACAACAGAUCACCAGACGCCAUUUGAAGGAGCACAUCAGCCAGAAGUUGUCGGGACUGUUGCUAUGGGGACACACACUGCACAAGAUCCAAGGUCGGUUCGGCGUUGGAGUCAAAGCUUAUUUUGUGUUUCUGCGAUAUCUGUUGUGUUUGAAUGUGUUGUAUUGUGUGAUCAUCGGUGGAUCUGUGCUGACACCGACACUGAUGUUCUCAGAGAAACCCGUGAGCAACCAGACAUUUGGAUUCAAAGACAUUUUCGUAGGAUCAGGUGUUCUUGAAGGGUCUCACUCUCCUGUGUUUCACAGCUUCUACGCACGCGGCUCUCUUGAUUUCCCCUGUAUGAACAUUCCCAUUCUCUUUCUUCUCGGCAUGAUGUCAGUCCUCCUCCUCAGCAUCAUCAUGGUGGUCCGCAGAACCGGGGUGGGCUACAAACACGUGUGGUUGACUGGAAAUCGCUUCAGUUCUAACUUGAGCUAUAAGGUCUUUUGUGGAUGGGACUUCAGCAUUCAGAAUGAAAAAGCAGCCGCUUUGAAACACACGUUUAUCAGUGACGAUCUGAAGAUGGAUCUGGAAGAGCAAAAGUUUCAUGAGGAUGUCCAGAAGCGAACGAUAAAGCGCUGGAUUCAGCUCAUCCUCCUGCGGGUCGUUCUCAACAUCCUUGUGCUGCUUCUCCUGGCCGGUUCCUUUAUUCUCAUAUAUUACACCAUCACUGAGUCACACAGUCAGAAGUAUCAGAACCUUGACUGGAUUCAAUCACUGUUGUUGGAGUAUCUUCCUCCAGUGACCAUGACAAUAGUGAACUAUGUGUUGCCGCACAUCUUCAGUGAGAUGUCAAAAUUUGAAGAUUACUCGCACGCUACUCACCUGAAUCUCACUCUGAUCAGGAGUAUUUUUCUCAAGCUGGCGUCUUUGGGCAUCUAUCUGUUCUUUUUCAUCCGAUCACCGGAUCCUAAACAAAAGUGUCCAGAGAACGCCUUCGGGAAGGAAAUGUACAAACUGACUGUCUUUAACUUCCUUGAGAGUUUCUUCAGCGUGUUCUGUGUGGCCUACCCGAGGAUGUUAUUGGUGAAGAGAUGUUUGUGGCUGAAGCAGAAGUUAGGCCUGCCUCAGUUUGAUAUCUCCUCUAAUGUUUUGGAUCUGGUGAACAGUCAGACGGUCACGUGGGUGGGUGUGUUCUACUGCCCCCUGCUGCCCGCCAUCAGCGCCGUCCGGCUUCUGCUGCUCCUGUACAUCAAGAAGUUCACAUUAAUACAUUGUUGUGUCCGGGCUCAGAGAAUAUUCCGGGUGGCCAGUUCAUCGGUUCUCUUUCAUUUCACUCUGAUGUUGGGUCUCUUCAUGUCUGUCAUCGUUCUGGGUGUCAACAUCAACAGGUUUGUUCCGGGCGGCUGCGGUCCGUUUGAAGGCAACAGAAGUGUGUUUAAUGUGACGGCUCAGUGUGUAGAGACGCUGCCCGCUCCCGCGCAGAGCGCCAUCAGUUACGUCACAUCUAAUGCCUUUGCGUUCGCUCUCAUACUGGCUGAAAUGGUCAUACUGACGUCAUACAUGUCUCGCGGACGAGCGAACAGUAAAGCCAUCGAGAGAUGGAAGGAGAUGUUGGUGAUGUGCAGUUCUGAUAAGCGCUUUCUGGCGAAGAAGCACAACACGAUGCAACGACAGAAGACACCACGCAACAAGCAUGUACAACACUGAUGCAUAAAAUGACUGAUCUCAGAUCAGAGUUUGUAUUAGCGAAGUCAGAG